GAACUAGCCAUGAAGUUUGUCAUAUAAAUUACUUUGGUCUGUGAUUACUAUAUUCUUUGGAGUUUGUGAAAUUGUGUGUAAACGUAAAGGAUUGUGUGGAACUGUGGAUUGUAAAAUCAGCAGAAGCCAAGUUUACAAAUAUUACACGAUUUUGAAAUACUAAAAUGACUGACUGAAAGUGCAGUGUUUCAUUUCAUUACUGUGCGUAGAAAAAUUGCUGGAAUAUGGCCAGGUCAACGAAGACAGCACAAGAAUUCAUCCAAUCCUCCUUCUCACCCAUCGUUGGGAUACUGUGCAGCCCCAAAGUUGAAAAUGUGGUUUCUAAGAACAACUUAUCCUUCACCGAACUACUGCAACCAUUUGCUGCUAUGGACUGGGAAGGCCAGUUUCGUGAACCAGGAGGCAGUGUCUGCACUGUAAAAAAUUGGAAGCUGAUUGUAAGAGAUGUAAACUGGAAACCUCUACAACCAACAGAAGCUAGAAGACAGUUGAACAAUGCUGUCUUACAUAAUUUCAAUGAGAAAACUGUGUCCUUGGACUUGGAGGGACGUAAAUUUGAUGUACCUCAAUCAACUCCAUGGUUUGAUGCCUGGAGAGAGACAUACCUUGAGGUGCAGUAUCCUUCAGACCAUGAGUACACUAAACACUUCCUGUCAUGCAUCAUAGUGGGGACCACUCAUGAUGAGAAUAUAGUUGAUACAUUUAACACACUCAACCAGCAAUAUGCACAGUUGCAAAAUGCUACUCCUCCUAAACCAGCCAAAUGGUUCAACAACCAGAUAUUGAAAUCUUAUCUUUUAUUACAUGAUGUUUCAUCUGUUACCAAGGAUAAAGCGGAUGCAGCCUUUGAAACAUUGAAGCAGACAUUUGGAGCUGGCAACUGCUUCUUUCUAACAAUAAAUUCAAAGAGUACUUUAGAUCCCUGCUUACCCACUGAUUACUGGACUCAAUUUAUAAAGAGGGCAUCGGAUACAAAUUCUGAUGUGAUGUCAACAUCCCUUACAUCUACACCUCUUGAACCACAGGCUACAUUUCCACCACAACCACCACACAACCAAAAUGAAAACUUACUAACAGUUUCAACUAACCCAGAGGGCCAACACCCGUUAACAACAUCUGAGAGUGAUGUUUAUGAUAAUGCAAAUAGCUUGCAGACUCAUUCAUUCUCAGGAAGUUCAGAAAGUGUGAGUGUAUCUGGUAAAGCGUUUGAUUAUUCCACUGAAAUACAUGGGGCAGCUUUAAACGCAAGUGAUAUAGAAGGAGUGAAGAGGUUUAUGCAGGAUUAUGCUACUAAGGCUUUACUUCCUCAUGUGGAGAAGCAAAUUGCCCAACUUUCAGAAAAUGUCACAACUAGGAAAGGGGUCAGCAGAUCUUUGAUUUCAGCAACUAAAAGAUGGUUCAAUACUGGAAAGACUGGGAAUACCACAGUCAACAACACUGUUGUUUACUCAACUGACUGCCCAGAACUCCAGUUGCGGCGUCUCGGCGACCUCUGGUUCAUGUGUGGUCAGUGGCAGCGGGCAUUCGACACGUACCAUACAGCGAAAAGAGAGUUCUACGCCGACAGCGCGUGGCUCUGCUACGCCGGUGCUCUCGAGAUGGCAGCCAUAAGUGCCUUCAUGGCGGGAGAAGCCAACCGCAAAACACACGGCUAUAUGGAAGAGAGUAUCGUGACGUACUUGAAUACUUGUAGGAUGGUACAAUUUGCAGUGAGGGCUACUCUCCUAUCAGUAUUGUGUUUGAACGGGUCAGGCCUCCAUGGUGAAGCAGCUAAGCAGCUGAUUCGCAUGACGUCAGAAGACAGUGACUUGCGCAGCGCUAUGUUACUGGAGCAGGCGGCACUCUGUUUUCUAUCUGGGCCGGGUUCAAAGGCCAUGUGCAGGAAAUACGCAUUCCAUAUGGUACUGGCAGGCCAUAGGUUUUCCAAAUCGGGCCAGAAGAAACAUGCAUAUCGAUGCUACAAGCAAGCAUAUCAGGUAUACGUGGACAGCGGCUGGCGGCUCGCGACGGACCACGUGCAGUUCGCGCUCGGGCGGCUGGCGGGCGCGCUGCGGCUGCCGCGCGACGCCGUGCGCUGGCUGCGGGGCCCGCUGGCGCCGCACACGCUGCAGCCGCCGGCGCAGCAGCACGCCUUCUUGCGGGAGUACAUGCUUGCUCACCAGCAAUGGAUAGAGAAUGCAGAAGAAUACAAAGAAAGGUUGCCUCUACUGCCGCUGCCGCUGUUGGAAAGCGAAGCCACGACGGUGUUGUGUGUAGGCCCCGCGCCGUUGUCAUCUCCAGGCCGAGUUCCUGCCUCUUCCCUCAACCUUAACGAAGACUCAGAAUCGCAAGCCGAGCCGCAGUACUGGAAUAAAAUGGAGGAAAUGUUACUCCAAGUAGCCCAAGGAAGUGUGCCUAUGAUUUUUAAGCCUACCAUCGACUUAUACACAGAGAAAACUGAUAGCAAUCCUGUUGUGCCGCAAGGAGAACCGACACAAAUAUCUAUUACGUUGCGUAAUCCUCUGAAGAUCUCAUUACUUUUAAAAGAUGUGGAACUCUUGUGGCAAUUUGUGUCGACCUCAGACGAUCCCGAGGCACCAAAAGAAGGUUUACUGAUUAACGAGCCUUCAGUGGCUACAGGAAAUGUUCUAGAAAAUAAUAUUAUAUGUGGACAAAAAAUCAAGUCAGUCUUACUAGAAGGUGACUGCAAGAAAGUCUUGACUUUCACGGUGACUCCAUUGCAAGUCGGCAAUUUGAACAUUCAGGGUUUGGCUUACAAGCUAAUAAAUACUGGUGAAGGUGGCAAUGAGAGUACCUCUGUGACUAUAUCAGGGAAAGUAGACUUGCUGUCGGGAGUCAGUGUCACCGACAAACGUCUGCAGAUUGUGGUCAUUCCUCAUGCUCCAUGCUUGCAGAUGACGUUUUCGGAGACAAGCAGCGAGGUAAUAAGCGGAGAGAUGCGGACGGUGGACGUGGAGUUCCGCAACGUGGGUCCCGUGGACAUGGGCGGCGUGUGGCUCGCCGUGUCGCACCCUGACUGCGUGCGCCUGCUCACUGCCAGCGCCGACGACGAUUAUAAGCUUUUGCACGAUGCGAAGUAUCUAGACCCACCUGCUUAUCCUGACGAGCGCGCGGCGCGCGCGGCGGCGUGGCGCGCGGCGGCGGCGCGGCACGCGCGGCGCGCGGCCGGCGCCGUGGCGCGCGGGGGCUGCGCGCGCGCCGCGCUGCAGCUGAGGCCGCGCGCGCGCGCGCCCGCGCUGCAGCUGCUCGCCUACUACGAGACCGGCUCGCGCGCGCGGCCCUACCGCUUGCUGCGACACGUCUUCCGGUUCAGAGUCACGGAAGCCGUGGAGUUAUCGGUGACGCCCCGACGCGGCUUACGGUCGGUGGACGGCGCCGCGAUGGAAACUAUGAACAUCGCCACGGAGGUUAAGAACGUACAUAAUGGAAAGGAGGACGAAAUCCUAUUGGAGAUUUUAGAAGCCUUCCUUCUCAGUAGACAAUGGACACUAACCGGUCUGACGGCCGCGAGAAAUAAGGACGACCCUCUAAAGGCUCAUGAAAGACUCCAUCUUAUUUUCAAAGCUAGAAGGAUUCUAGAGACACUGCCUGAAGGCAAAAUUGAAUCAUCUCGUGUCCAAGUCGCUAAAGAUCCCAGCUGCGUCACAGACGCGAAUGUACCUCCGUAUUCAAAAUUUAUUGUGGAAUAUAAGCCAUCCUACCUCGACACCGCAGAACCUAACAUUCAAGAUAAAAAGAGUACUGGAUUAAUACAAUCUAUGCUUGUUCUGCGAUGGAAAGUCACAAACAAAACUAGAUCGAAAACGGCGUUUGGCCAGCACUGCUUAUGGCUAGAUUGCUUAACCAAAGUCGAGUCUCGUGAGCGAGAAUAUUCACUGAUAGAAACACCAGCGCUUCAACUCGAUGAUUACGACAGUAAGACCGAUAUAAGUGAUGCGAAAAAGAAAAACAAAGACAACGUCGUCGUAUUUAGAUUAGAGCAUUCUAAUUUCAUAAGUCAUAAUUUUAAUCAAAGAAAACUGUGCCUAGUACCAAUCACUAUUAACAUCGUUAAUUGUUACGGAGUUCCGGUUCAAGUCUUCAUAGAUAUGUCGAAGCAAAACAAGGAAUCGUACGGUGUGCUGGGUUGGGCGGGUGCGUUGAGUCAGGGUGCGGACGUGGAUGCUAAUGAGCUGGGUGUGAGCGUCGCUAUGGACAAGUUCGAGUCGCGCCGGCUGCAGGUGCGCGCCGUGUGCGCGGCGCCCGGCACCUACCUGGUGGGCGCCGCGCUGGCCGUCACCACGCGCCGCGCCGGCGACCGCGCGCCCGCGGCGCACUGCACCAACGACACCUCUCUCCUAGUCGUGCAGCAAGCCUAAUCAACAUAUUAUUUUAAUAAGGGAUCAUAGUGAGAAUAGGGUACCACAGAACAGGGCAACAAAACACGAAAUUACUAUGAAAAAACGACCUGUGACGUCAUAGAAAUACGGGAAAAACCGUCGCACAUAUUAUUGCGCUUUUCUUGAUUAAAAUUCAUAAAUAAGUUAAAUAAAAAAAAGAAAACGUGUUGUCACCUUUAGAUCUGUCAUUAUUUAGUAAUCAGAAUUCCAUUAUUAUUUUAUCUUUGACCUAGAAAACUACCCAAUUAUUGUUUUGCGGCUGUUUUUAAUUGCAUAAAGUAUAAGUUUUGGAUUCGGAAUACUAAGAUACUUACUAGAUCACAAGUCCAAAAACUGCAAUUUGAACUCUUAUAGUCAAAAUAAUAUCUUGGCAAAUUAGGAAUGUAAUGACAAAUAGGUACCACAUUUUAUAUAAAUACUAUUUAUGUUAAAUGGAAUUAAAUAGGCUCAGUAUGUGAGCCCUCCAAACUAAGGUGCUCCCAUGAAAUACUUGCCGAACGCGUGCAAUACAACUGUUAGAAAUGAGGUCCAUUAAUCGAAUAGACUACUGAUUUAGUUCAUGCUGGAUAUCCUUACGUUAUAAAUAAAUGUUAUUUGAAACUAUA